AUGUCGUACAAGCUCGGUUCUCGCCUGGGCCUGCAGCUAUCUAGGGCAAACGCGACGGCGCAGGCUUCAUCCCUCACCCAGACGUUCAAGCGAACAGCAGCUGCUAGCACGCACCUCGAAAGGGUGAGAAACGAAACUCAAAAGGAGGAGGAGAGAUUUGCGCUGUCACGGAAUUUGUCGCGGAAUUGGAGAGCAGGCGAUGUUUAUGCGCCUCAUGAUUUGAGUGGUGCCGAAGCUCGCAAAUGGAAAAAGCGACAUCGACCUACGACAGAUCCCUUCGAUGCGCUAUCUAUUAAUCCCCUCUCUCUGUAUAAGAACUUUUCAAUCAUGUCCGAAUAUAUGACCGAAAUGGGACGUAUCCGACAUUCCAAAUCUACUGGUCUACGGCCUGUCAACCAAAGGAAAAUCUCAAAGGCGAUCCGAAGAGCGAUCGCACUCGGUCUUAUGCCCAGUGUACACAAACAUCCGGAGAUUCUCAAGAAAGAUUCGGAACUCCAAAAGCUGGGAUACAGAUGA